GCUGGCGCUCACAAGAUGGCGGAGGCGGCCAAUUGCACCAUGGAGAAUUUUGUAGCCACCCUGGCUAACGGGAUGAGCCUGCGGCCGCCUCGGGAGGAACCCCUCUGUGCCCCCCAGGUGUCGUGCCCGCCCCCCGAGGGCAGCGCCAAACCCUCGGCCGAGGACAUGACCUCCAAAGAUUAUUACUUCGACUCCUACGCCCACUUCGGCAUCCACGAGGAGAUGCUGAAGGACGAGGUGAGGACGCUGACCUACCGCAACUCCAUGUUCCACAACCGACACCUCUUCAAGGACAAAGUGGUGCUGGACGUGGGCAGUGGCACCGGGAUCCUCUGCAUGUUCGCUGCUAAAGCCGGGGCCAGGAGAGUUAUUGGGAUCGAGUGCUCCAGCAUCUCCGACUACGCCGUCAAGAUCGUCAAGGCCAACAAACUGGACCACGUGGUUUCCAUCAUCAAGGGGAAGGUGGAGGAGGUGGAGCUGCCGGUGGAGAAGGUCGACAUCAUCAUCAGCGAGUGGAUGGGCUACUGCCUCUUCUACGAGUCCAUGCUCAACACCGUCAUCUACGCCCGCGACAAGUGGCUGAGCCCGCAGGGGCUGAUUUUCCCGGACCGCGCCACUCUCUACGUCACGGCCAUCGAGGACCGGCAGUACAAGGACUACAAAAUCCACUGGUGGGAGAACGUUUACGGCUUCGACAUGUCGUGCAUUAAGGACGUGGCCAUCAAAGAGCCCCUGGUGGACGUGGUGGACCCCAAGCAGCUGGUGACCAACGCCUGCCUCAUCAAGGAAGUGGACAUCUACACGGUGAAGGUGGAGGAGUUGACCUUCACGGCGCCGUUCUGCCUUCAGGUGAAGCGCAACGAUUACGUCCACGCGCUGGUGGCCUAUUUCAACAUCGAGUUCACGCGCUGCCACAAGAGAACCGGCUUCUCCACCAGCCCCGAGUCGCCGUACACGCACUGGAAACAAACCGUGUUCUACAUGGAGGAGUACCUGACCGUGAAGAGCGGAGAGGAAAUUUUCGGCACCAUCACCAUGAAACCCAACGCCAAAAACAACCGCGACCUGGACUUCACCAUCGACCUGGACUUCAAGGGGCAGCUCUGUGAACUCUCCUGUUCCACCGACUACCGCAUGCGUUAGGGACCCCAAAAUCCGCGGAAUUCACCCCAAAAACGCCCCAAACCCACCCCCAAAAAAUCCCAAAAAAAACCCCAAAAAAAUCCCCCAAAAACCCCAAAAAAACCCCAAAAAAUCAAAAAAAACCCCAAAAUUGGGGCCGCUGCAGUUCCCGUCCUUCACCACGUGGGGGCGACAAAAUCCCAAAA